UGAAGCGUUCUUGAAAGGGGGACCCCCCCAGCCCCUCAAAGAGAUGGGCAGGCCAAGCAAGCCCUGAAGCACCCACGAAGCCUCUCUCUUUCCAAGCAAAGACACACUUCAAGAAACAAUGGGAGCAGUGGGUCAAAGCCUGAUUGGGAGGUUUUGCUUGGCCGGCUUCUCCCUGACCUUCUCCCUGGUGGCGCUGAGCCUCGCCUCCGAGAAGGUUCCCCCAAGGACGCCGCGGCAGGCCUCCGGAGAAGAGGCUGUGGGGAGCAGAGCCCCCGGCCUCUGGAGCAGCUGGGGCGCCUGGUCCGCCUGCUCGCAGCCCUGUGGCCUGGGGGUCUCGGAACGGGCCCGGACCUGCCGGGCCCCCUAUCAACAUGGCCCCUGGGCUGGGAGGACGGAAGGGGUCCCGCAACCAAUCUCGCAGCCGCAGCAGCAGAGACCCCGCCUUGAGGACCGGCCACCUCGCCCAUAUGGCCACUGGCCGGCUCACCCUCUCGGUCCUGAGAGGAAUACCUGGCCGGCAUCAUCCAUCUCUGGGAACAGCCCUCACGGCUCUGCCAACCGCCACGUCCGGCAGGAGGCCAUUGCAGCCCUGGACGGAGCCCUGACUGCCUCCCGCCCCGGCCCUCCGAGGGACCCUGACCCCUUCUUCGAGGCCACGCAGCCCUGGGGAUCCCCCCACGGCCGCGAGGGGUUCCCCAGCCAGCCCCAAAGGCCGUCGGCCGCCCAGAACGUCCUCCCAUUGUUCAAGCCGGCGAGACGGGGGGGCCAUGAGGGGAACCGUGAAGAGCCCCCUCCCUGGAGCUGGCCCGACGACACGCCCUUCAGCCGGGCCGCGUCUCCACUGCCGGACUCCCAGGUGGCCUGGAGGUCCCGAGUCCGAGAGACCAUCAAGCCCGGCAAAUACGGCUACGGCAAGGUGCCCUUUGCUUUGCCUCUGCACAAAGACCCGGCCGAGGGGGGCACCCCCCGUUUUAAGCGGCACCACGGAGAGAGGACCAGGGAGCUCCCCCCCGCCUCCACCCCCCCACCUGUCCUGCAUGCAGCCAGAAGGGAGACACCCACAGUGGUCCGGCCUUUGGCCCAUGAAGAGCCCCCAGCCUCUGGCGAACACCCGUGGACCCAGGGCGAGAUUCAGCCUCCCCUGCCCGGAACAGAGGAGACAGAGGGCCAGGCAGGACUCUCCUUCCCUGGGGGCCUGGGGACAGUUGUGGGGCUGAAGAGCAGACCUUCUGGUGAAGGGGACCCUCUGGGGGGGUCAUCAGCCCCCAGCGGCCCUCCCCAGCAGGGCCCACCCUUCACCCCUGCAGAGACAGAGCCCCUAGGCAGCCUCCCGGGGGCCCCCCCAGGACCACAAGAAGACUCUGCCUCCACAUCUUCUGUCAGUGGCUCCGUGGCUGCUGGGAGCAGCGGGGCAGAGGAGGGGGCUUCUGCCACCCCUGCCAGGCCCCCCUCUCCCCCUGGCAGCCCCCCACUGCCCGCUCAAGAGGACCUGCGCCGGGCCCCCCAAAUCCUGAAGAGCCACGCCUCUGCUCCUCAAGGGAAAGGACCGGGAAGGCGGCCGAGCCCACAGGCCACACCAGGGCGGUCUCCCCGACAGCUGCCCAGACCCAGCCCCCUCUUGACCCCCAGCCGGGCCCGUUCUCGGAGCCAGAGGCAGCACCAACCUCGGGAGGGCGGCCGUGGCCCCCAGCCUUCACACCACCUCUUGGCGGGCCAGCCCAGGCCCCGUCGCCCCGCCGAGCCUGACAUUUGGCUGCUGCAGCAGGGUGGCCCGAUCCAGUUCCCCACUGGGGGGCAGAGGCCCCGGAGUGAGCCCCCCCAGUGGAACCUCUAUUCCCCCGGCACAGAGACCUUCCACUGCGAGGGGGAGACCCGGCAGUUCAAGGCUUGCAGGCAAGAGCCGUGUCCUCCGGACCGCCCCGACCCCCGAGCUGUCCAGUGCACGGCCUACAACAAUCAAGAGUUCAUGGGCCGGUUCUACCAGUGGGAGCCCUUUACGGACGUGUGGGGCUCCCACCGCUGUGAGCUGAACUGCCGUCCCCUUGGCUACCGCUUCUACGUCCGCCACACGGAGAAAGUGCAGGACGGCACGCCCUGCGAGGCCUCGUCCCAGGACAUCUGCGUGGCCGGCCAGUGCCUUUCCCCUGGCUGUGAUGGGAUCCUGGGAUCGAAUCACACGUUGGACAACUGUGGGGUAUGCGGUGGGGACCACACCACUUGCAAACUGGUGGUGGGCAAUUACAGCGAGACCCACAUUCCCAUCGGGUACCACCGCAUCUUGGAGAUCCCGGCGGGGGCCACUCAAAUCCAAGUCCGAGAAAUGGCCCGCAGUCCCAACUAUUUAGCCCUUCGUACCCACAGCGGCAAAUCGAUCAUCAACGGAAACUGGGCGGUGAAUCCUCCGGGGCGCUACGAGGCGGUGGGCACAGUCUUUGUGUACAGCGACCAGGAGGAGGGCGAGAUCCUGACGGCGGAAGGACCCACCACCAAGCCCGUAGAAUUGUAUAUGAUUUUCCAGCAAGACAACCCCGGGGUGUCGUACCAGUUCUUCCUGGCUCAGCCAGGGGACUCCCAUCACAAUGUUCCUCAGCCUCGGGAGGAUUUCGGCGCCUUGACUGUGGUGGAGCCUCCAGCUGGCCAAACACGCCCGCUGCCUCCGGCCAACCGACGGACCCUGGCCUCAGCCCAGCUGCCCCCUUCCUCCAGCUCGUGGGGAAGGCGCCGAGUCGUGGCGCCCCUCCCUGCCUCAGCCGGCCAGUCGAGAAGGAGCCUGGGGACUCUGCAGCGCAGCGCCCGUGUCCCGCCGCUGCCGCCCCCCCCACCCCCCCUCCAGCCCGGCCAGGACUUUACCUGGCGGCGGACCGGCAACACGGAAUGCUCCGCCUCCUGUGGGAAGGGUUUCUGGCAGUCUGUCUACCGCUGUGUCUCUCGCAUUUCCCACGAAGAAGUCGGGGAAGAAAAGUGCCACUUGGUCCCCAAACCAAGCGUGCUGGAAGAGAUCUGCAACACGGAGCCCUGCCCGGCCUACUGGGAUGCAGGUGAGUGGUCGGCCUGCAGCAAAUCCUGCGGGCCAGGAACCCAGCACCGCCAAGUCCUCUGCCGGCAGAUCUACGCCAACCGCACUACGAUGGUGCAUCCGCAGCGCUGCGGCCACCUGGAGAAGCCAAACGCCACCCAGAAUUGCCAAGUGCAAGUCUGCAGCCGCUGGGAAAUCCGCAGCAACUGGAGCUCGUGCUCGGUCCUUUGCGGCACAGGCCACCGGACACGCCACGUGCGUUGCGUCAGUAACCACGGAGACCUCUUGAGGGACACGGACUGUCCAGACAACCACCAGCCCCAAACCAGCGAGGCCUGCAACAUGGGGCCUUGUGUGCAGACCUGGUUUUACAGUGACUGGAGUAACACAUGCUCAGCCGACUGCGGCACCGGCAUCCAGCGCCGUUCGGUGGUCUGCCUCUCUGGCGACGCUGGUGGACAGGCGGAUGAGGACUGCACCAGCCCCAAGCCAGCUGAUAUGAGGGCUUGCAAUGGCGGGCCGUGCCAGCGUGUGACUCGGUGGUACAAGGGCCCAUGGAGCUCGUGCUCGACCGAGUGUGGCUCCGGCACCCAGAGGCGGGACAUCAUCUGCAUCAGCAAACAGGGGACGCAGUUCAACGUGACGGAGGCCACCGAGUGCGCCCAUUUGGAAAAGCCCCCCGCCCUGCAGCCCUGUCUCGGCACGGACUGCGAGGCCCGCUGGUUUUCCUCCGCCUGGAGUGCAUGCUCCAGAUCCUGCAUGGGGGGCGUCCAGGCGAGAGAAGUCCAGUGCCUGACGCAGAACAAGACCUCGAGUGUCCUUUGCCCCCCUCACCUCAAGCCGGCCACCAAACGCCCUUGCAACAGCCAGCCCUGUCUUCCUGCGCUUGAUGAGACCUGCAGGGACAAAUACGCCAACUGCGCUGUGAUUGUGCAGGCCCGGCUCUGCGUCUACGCGUACUACAAGGCCGUCUGCUGCGCCUGUUCCCACGCUCUGGAGCGGCGCCAGGCGGACCCAGGCCGGUAGCGUCGGCUGACUCGGGCAAGGGGGCUUUGCCUCC